CCUCUGUUAUCGUGUACGAGAUGCGAGCGCCUCGUGCGUUCGCCGACAACGCGCGCUCUGCUAUCGCUCUGCAUUUUACAACCUGAUAUUUACAUCCCUGGUUUUUGGAAACGACACUUGGAAAGCAUCGGAUUAAGCGCGUAGCAGUCACGAUCCAACGCCGGCGGCGGUCGCGAACCAUUGCUCUCGGUCUGUGUGUAUUUCAAAUAUAGUACCGUGUCGAUCACUUUUACUGACUCUCACUUUUAUCGCUGUGUUAUAAUAUGAGUGCCAGCACUGAAAACAUCAACAGCUCCGUCGAUUUCACUAAAUCGAAUAUACAUCUAACCGGUGAUCGACAUGAGACGACAUGGAGAGAAAAAUCGAAACGUAUGUUGAAGGACAUCAAGUACUGUAUUCGAGAAACAACAGUCGAGCCGUGUUUGUUUACAUUUAUGUUAUGCACGGCUCUGUCAUCGUUGGCCGUGCAAAACAUGCACUUGGAAAAGUCAUGUAGAGUAAAUUUUCAGUAUAGCGACGAUAUAUGUGAUCGGAUCAGGGAUCGAAAUACAACCGGUCUUGAAAAAGAAUUAAAUAAUGUUCAAUCCUUAGUAGCGAAGGUUGUGGCGUGGAAGUUCCCUCUACAAACUGCGAUACCGGCUGUGAUGGUGUUGUUUAUUGGAGCAUGGAGUGAUAAGACUAAGAAAAGAAAGAUAUUUAUACUAUUUCCCUUUAUCGGAGAGAUCGUUGCGAAUAUUGGGCUUUUACUUGCUACGUAUUAUUUCAAGGAGUUGUCGCUGACGGCCACUGCGUUGAUCGAGGCUUUACCCGCCGCAUUUACCGGAAGUUACAUCAUUAUAUUCAUGGGAAUGUACAGUUUCAUGGCUGACAGAACGACCAUAGAAGAAAGGACAUUUCGGUUGGGUGUCGUUACGAUUUGUGUGAGCUUAGGGACUCCAACGGGAACUGCAUUAAGUGGUAUAUUACUAAGAAUUUUAGGUUAUUACGGUAUGUUUUCGUUGUUGUUAGUACUCCAUACAUUUUCUUUUUUGUACGGUGUAUUCAGACUCGAAGAUAUAUUACCUCCAGAUGACAAAUGUGCAAUUCCAAGUGACAUGAACGAUAAAAACAAACUUAAGAAAAUAUUCAAGGAAGUAUUUAUGCUUGUAGCUGACACUGUGCUAGUGGCAGUACGGCCUCGGGCGUUCGGUAUGAGAACGCAAAUAAUUUCAGUUAUAGUUCUUUAUAUUCUUAUGGUGGGACCACUAUAUGGUGAUUCUCAAGUCAGUUAUUUAUACGCAAUACGCAAAUUCAACUUCAAUGAAGUCGAGUUCAGUAUUUACGGCGCCGUCAACACUGUCCUUGGCUUGAUAGGUACAUUCUUCUGCAUAGCAUUUUUAAGCAAAAAAUUGGACGUGGAGGACAGUAUAAUAGGAGUUAUGGCUGGUGUGAGCAGGAUAGCAUCGUGUUUUGUGUUCGCGUUCGCUCCGAAUCGACAAUGGUAUUACUCGGCACCAAUAUUUAACAUAUUUAGUCACACUGGUUUGACAGCAGUAAGAGCUAUAGCAACAAAAAGUGUGCCUACUGAAGAAAUUGCCAAAUUAAGCUCAUUAAUGGGUGUCACGGAGGCGAUCGCACCAUCUAUCUACAUGCCUACCUCAAGUUACAUUUAUAUAUCAACGAUAGAGAGUUUUCCUGGAGCGUUUUACUUGUUCGACGCAUCCCUUACCUUGUUUGCUCUGGCCUUGUUCACAGUCAUUUACAUUUUGGUGAAACGAAGGAAUCAAAAGGCAGUGACGGACCCCACGAGAAAGGAGGCGUAUGCGAGGACAAAUGAAGUUUCAAGAUUUUAAAGUUACUGUUAUUAAUUGAUACAAAUGUAUAUAUUUUAAUGUAAAAUGUU